AUUAAACCAAAGAAGAAGAAUUCUAGUGCGUUUAUUUGUCAUGUCCACCGGAACUUGCACACUGCAUGUGUAACAGAGUUCUGGCUCCAUAACUUACAUCGCUGUGACAUUUAUUUGCAACAACAUAAAGGGACAGUGGAAGUUGCCCGUGUUUAUUGUUUGAGUCGGCAAUGGAGCGAAGUGUGAAACGUAAGGUGCUAACGCUAGGAAGGCUGGCAGGAGGAGGAGCAAAGGUGCAACAAUCCCGGAAACGAGGUACCAAAACUCCAAGGCAAGCUGAACCUGCAUACUCUCUGUAUUCAUCGGACCCUCAAGAGCAGGUUGACAGUCUGCAUUCUGGACUUGAUCGCUGUGCUGCUUUGCUUACUGGCAUACUUCAGGUGCACAAGGCAGAACCCUUAACAGGACCUCUCAAAGCAGUGAAGGGCAGUGCCGCCAAACCAAAACUAUCCAAUCCAGUGUGGAAAAAAAGUUGCAGAAAACCCCUUAAAAAGACAGAACAGUAUUCCAGUAUGGCCCCGGAAGCACAAUGUCUUCCUGUAGUGUCAAACACAGAAGUGGGGCAAGCACAGGCCUCCAUACAGUCUCACUUGAUUCCAUCAUUGAGGGUUCCACAUCCGCUUCCUGAAUGUGUCCUCUGCCAGUUCUCCUACUCAGGGCGACCUAUGCAUGCUCAGAUUGACCAUCAGCAGCUUUGCAGUCACCAGCAGGCCUCCCCCAAUGGCAAGGAAGUCGACGCUGUGCCUGUGAAAGACAGAGACGACCAAACGCUGAGCCUGCAACAGGAACUGACCUUCACUCGAUCCCAACUGCAGGAGCUUCAGGUUGACCUCGCAGAAGUGAAGCAAUCUCUUGAGUACACAAACCGUCAGCUGCAGGAAAGGGAGGCGGAGAACGUGCAAAUCAAAUCAGAUUUGGAGAGCAUUAAAACCAAACUAGCCCACAGUGAGCAAGCAAAGAGCAGGCUGGCAUCCCUUGCCCAGGAAAGGCUGGAAGAGAUAGAAAACCUCAAGAGAUUUAUUCUCAAUGACAACAACACAGUUGUGGGCCUCUCUCUGUCAGACACAGCACCCCGGGAACAACGUUAUGAUCGGAACGCCGCCGCUGAACAUAUAAUCGCUAAGUACCUGAUGACUCUUCGGCAGAUGGAGGUCUCAUACGCUAGUGGUAAUGUGCAUUUGGCCACAGAAAGUGAAGGAAACGCACCAGAAGAAGCCAACAUGAGCUCAGUCCUGCCUGGAAGAGGGUGCACACAUCCAGACUGUGUCGCUCGUGAGGGAGUUGGAUUAUCAGCGCAGCCGAAAGAAAAAGAGUGCCGGCGACUGUUUGACUCUUUCCUCUCUCAGCGCGAUACAGACUCUUUCUCAUGUGACUGUAGUUUGAGGUCCAUGUCGACCUUUGACACCAAAGAUGAGGCGGCAUUCCGAGAUGGACUGGCUGCUCUCGAUGCCAGCAUAGCCAGUUUACAGAAAACUAUGAAACUGGAUUUAUUGAGAUGAUUAUACUGUUUUUUCAAGUUUUUGAUUUAUUUUAAAACAUUUGAAUGACACGUAAAACUGCCAAUAAAUACAUCUUGCAUUUA